UUUCCCAGAAAACAUUGCGGACGAGCUUGCUGCCGGUGUCAUCAGCCAAGCACCGGUGGCGUGGGUUUCCCUUGUCACAUUCCGGACUGUUUCUGCUGUUUCUUGUCAUUAAUUAACAGCGCAGUAGCUCGACAUUUGAAGCAAAAUGACGGAGCGAAAGGGAACAGCCAAGUUGGACUUUUUGAGGAAGAUUGAGCGAGAAAUCCAGCAGAAAUGGGAGAAGGAGAGGGCUUUUGAAUGUGAUGCACCAACAACUGUUGGUGAGAGCGCCAACAAAAACAAGUACCUUGUCACUUUCCCCUACCCGUACAUGAACGGCAGGUUGCACCUUGGCCACACAUUCAGCCUGUCAAAGUGUGAAUUUGCUGUUGGUUACCAGCGUUUGAAAGGGAAGCAAUGCCUCUUCCCAUUUGGGCUGCACUGCACAGGAAUGCCCAUCAAGGCCUGUGCAGACAAGCUGAAGAGAGAGAUGGAGCUGUAUGGAAACCCUCCACAGUUCCCAGAUGAGGAAGAAGAGGAGGAGGAGGAGAAGCCAAAGGCCUCUGAAGAAAUCAUCAUCAAGGACAAAGCCAAGGGCAAGAAGAGUAAAGCAGCAGCUAAAUCUGGAGCCUCCAAGUUCCAGUGGGACAUUAUGAAGUCGCUGGGUCUAAGUGACCGGGAGAUUGUCAGGUUUGCCAAUGCUGAACACUGGCUGGAGUACUUUCCUCCCCUAGCUGUCAAAGACCUCAAACAGAUGGGUGUCAAGGUGGACUGGAGGCGUUCAUUCAUCACCACAGAUGUGAACCCCUUCUAUGACUCCUUCGUUAGGUGGCAGUUCAUCACACUGAAGGAGAGGAAGAAGAUCAACUUUGGCAAAAGGUAUACCAUCUACUCCCCUAAGGAUGGACAGCCUUGCAUGGACCAUGACAGACAGACAGGAGAGGGAGUUGGACCACAAGAAUACACUCUCAUCAAGAUGAAGAUUGUUGAACCCUACCCAGCAAAACUCAAGUCCAAAGUUUUCUAUAGCAGCGCCUUGAAAGGCAAGGACAUCUACCUGGUAGCAGCCACUCUGAGACCAGAGACCAUGUUCGGACAGACCAACUGCUGGGUGAGGCCCGACAUGAAGUACAUAGCCUUUGAGACGGCUGGCGGAGAAAUCUUCAUCAGCACCCGGAGGUCUGCCAGGAACAUGUCCUACCAGGGCUUCACCAAGGAGAACGGUGUGGUGCCAGUGGUUAUGGAGAUACUGGGACAGGAUAUUUUAGGCUGUGCCCUGAGUGCCCCUCUCACCUCCUAUAAGACCAUCUAUGCUCUGCCCAUGCUCACAAUCAAGGAGGACAAAGGCACUGGGGUAGUUACCAGUGUACCAUCUGAUGCUCCUGAUGACAUUGCUGCCCUCAGAGACAUCAAGAAGAAACAGGCCCUGAGAGAGAAGUAUGGAAUCGGGGACAAGAUGGUGUUGCCUUUUGAGCCGAUCCCCAUCAUUGAGAUCCCAGGCUAUGGGAACCUGUCUGCUCCCCUGGUGUGUGACGAGCUCAAGAUUCAGAGCCAGAACGACAGGGAGAAACUGGCUGAGGCCAAGGAGAAAGUCUACCUCAAGGGAUUUUAUGAAGGGAUCAUGUUGGUUGAUGGCUACAAAGGGCAAAAAGUCCAGGAUGUCAAGAAGCCCAUCCAGAAGAUGAUGGUGGAGAAGGGUGAGGCCAUGAUUUACAUGGAGCCAGAAAAGCAGGUUAUGUCACGUUCAGCUGAUGAGUGUGUGGUGGCCCUCUGUGACCAGUGGUAUCUGGACUAUGGGGAUGCAGAGUGGAAGCAGCAGGCCCAUGAAUCCCUGAGGACUUUGGAGACGUUCUGUGACGAGACCAGAAAGAAUUUUGAAGCCACUUUGGCCUGGCUGCAGGAGCAUGCCUGCUCUCGCACAUAUGGCCUUGGAACCCGGCUGCCUUGGGAUGAGCAGUGGUUGAUUGAGUCACUAUCAGACUCCACUAUCUACAUGGCUUACUACACCAUAGCCCACCUCCUCCAGGGAGGCGUCCUCAGCGGUCAGGGGCCCUCACCACUGGGUAUCAAGCCAGAGCAGAUGACCAGACAGGUGUGGGACUUUAUCUUCUUUAAGACGUCUCCUUUCCCGAAGACAGACAUCCCCAAGGAGCACCUGCAGAAGCUGAGGAGGGAGUUUGAGUAUUGGUACCCAGUGGACGUCCGUGUGUCUGGCAAAGACCUGGUGCCCAACCACUUGUCCUACUACCUGUACAACCAUGUGGCUAUGUGGCCUAAUGACAAUAAAAAGUGGCCAAAGGCAGUGAGAGCCAAUGGACAUCUGCUGCUCAACUCUGAAAAGAUGUCUAAAUCAACUGGAAACUUCCUCACUCUCAGCCAAGCCAUUGACAAGUUCUCAGCAGAUGGUAUGCGUCUGGCUCUAGCUGAUGCCGGGGACACGGUGGAGGAUGCCAACUUCGUAGAGACCAUGGCUGAUGCUGGCAUCCUGCGCCUCUACACUUGGAUGGAGUGGGUAAAGGAGAUGAUUGCCAAUCAGAACAACCUGAGGACGGGACCUGCUGAUACCUUCAAUGACAGGGUCUUUGCCAGUGAGAUGAAUGCAGGCAUCCUGAAGACAGAGCAGCACUAUGACAGGAUGAUGUACAAGGAGGCUCUGAAGACCGGCUUCUUUGAGUUCCAGGCAGCCAAAGACAAGUACCGCGAGCUGGCCAUCGAGGGCAUGCACAGAGACCUUGUCUUCCAGUUCAUUGAGAGACAAACUCUGCUGCUGGCCCCCAUCUGCCCUCACCUCUGUGAAUACACCUGGGGUCUGCUUGGCAAGCCCAGCUCUCUGAUGAAGGCGUCGUGGCCUGUGGCAGGUCCAGUCGACGAGGUUCUGAUUCGCUCCUCUCAGUACCUGAUGGAAACUGCACAUGACCUUCGACUACGACUCAAAGCCUACAUGCAGCCGCCUAAGAACAAGAAAGGCGACUCCAAGCCUCCUGCCAAGCCGUCCCACUGCACGGUCUACGUAGCCAAGAGUUACCCUCCAUGGCAGCAUAGUGCCUUGUCCCUGCUCGGCAAGCACUACAAGAGCAAUAACGGCGUCCUUCCAGACAACAAAGUGAUCGCGAACGAACUGGGAGGCCUGCCUGAACUGAAGAAAUACAUGAAGAGAGUCAUGCCCUUUGUCGCCAUGAUUAAGGAAAACCUGGAGAAGAACGGGCCAAGAGUUUUGGAUCUGCAGCUGGAGUUCGACGAGCGGGCGGUCCUGAUGGAGAAUCUGGUCUACUUAACUAACUCUCUGGAUCUGGACCAGAUUGACGUCGUGUUUGCAUCUGAGGCUGACGACAAAGUGAAGGAGGACUGUUGCCCAGGGAAACCUUUCUGUGUUUUCAGAUCAGAGCCUGGUGUGUGUGUGUCCUUUGUCAAUCCCCAGCCAUCAAACGGUCUGUUUUCCACAAGGAUUGACAUCCGACAGGGUGACAGCAGAGACGCCAUCGUCCGUAGGCUAGCCAAAGUCAACCGACUCAUCAAAGAUCUGUCCAGAGUGAAGCUGAUGCGGUACGAAGACCCUGUGCUGGGCCCCCGCCGGGUCCCCGUCCUGGGACGUGAGGAGCAGGGCAAACUGCCGAUCUCAAACAAGUCUGUGUUCAACAUCAAUCUGGAGGAGAAGCGGGUUACCCUGGCUGACAACGGCCUCACUGUGGAUAUAGGGGACACUUUGGUUUAUCUGGUUCAUUAGAGCAACAUGUAUGCACACGUCCACACAUGGGGUCGCGCUCAGCAGUGUGCUAAAAGGUUGAAAUACAUCAGAAAAUGUCACAAUAAAUAGUAAUUUUGACCCAAAGCCAUAAAGCACGGACCUAAUAACAAUUCUUGCCCUCAAAGUGUUUCAUUGUUAAACUUAUCCAUGCCAUGUGGAGAUAGGAAGGUGUGUCGUGCGUAUGUAUUUUAUAUAAUUGUAUAUACACACCCUCUGCUACUGUACAUGCUGUUAGAUUUGACAGCUUCAUGAGACAUGUGUCUUGUUAUUUCACACCUUUUCACUGCUGAAUGUGGCCUUGGGGAGUAUUUUGAGCUAAUGGGAAUUGAAAAGGUUGGCUUCCAUCUUCCUGUUUUGAAAUCUAUUAUUCAGGUCUGGCAGCAGUUUGGAUUUGGUAUGCACAAAACAAGGGAGGGUUCAUGAUCUUGAGAAUCUUAUUCCACUGAUCCGAUUUUGAGAAUAAUCUAGGAUUGCUAACAAAUCCUAACAGGUGGCUUGGGUAAAUUUCACAAAAAACUGUGAAACUGAAAAUAAGAUGGAUCUUAUUUGGUAAUUAGAAUAACAGGCUCCUUAACUGUCACAUGCCUUCCCCAAGUUUUCACUUUUUGUUUUCUGUCAUGUUAAUGUUGGGGGAUAACAUCAGGACUUGGUUUUGUCUUCUCAUCCUCUUGUCAGAGAUAUUUGGUGACUAAACCUGAAGAUCUCAAAGACAAAGGAUAAAAUCAAGCUUUUCUGAAACACACCAAACAAACAUGUCACCCGGUUGUGUUCUUGACCAACUACUUAUUAUUUUGUGUGAUUGCUUACAUUCUCCUGAAUGCCUGUUGCUUCAUAUAGAUGGUAAUAUGUUGGUGCUCUGUUGUUUUAUGCAUCCAGCUCCAGGCACAUCUUUCCCAAAUGUUUUGUCAGACAGCUUGUCAGGCAGGUUUUCUAUUUUCUAGCAGUGGAUGGCAGUUGUCUAACUUGUGUUUUUCCAAUGAAAUAAUAAAACCUAUGAAAUAUUCAG